AUGAAGGUCACCGCAGCAGCUGCCCUUUUCGCAGGCCUUGUCGCCGCUGGCCCCGUCGAACUCACUGAGCGGCAGAGCUGUCCCAAAGUUUACAUUUUUGGUGCGCGUGAAACCACCCUCCCCCAGAGCAAUGGUUUCGGGACUGGUGCUGGUCUUGUAAACCAGGUCAAGGCUGCAUACUCUGGAGCGGGAGCCGAGGCCAUUGUAUAUCCUGCUUGCGGUGGACAGUCAAACUGCGGUGGUGUUAGCUACGAAAACUCGGCUUCUCAGGGCACGGCUGCCGUCGUGAAGGCUGUUACAGCCUACAACCAGAAGUGCCCGACCACUCAGAUUGUUCUCAUUGGGUACUCUCAAGGUGGUCAAAUCAUAGACAACGCCCUCUGCGGUGGAGCAGGCGCUACUCUCACCGGCGCUGCGCUUGCUGCCGUCAAGGCCGCUAUCUUCAUGGGCGACCCACACAACCGCAACGGCCUUCCCUACAACGUCGGCACAUGCAAGGCCCAGGGUUUCUCCGCCCGUCCUGCCGGCUUCACAUGCUCGCCCGCCAACCCAAGCAUCAUCCAGUCUUACUGCGACGCUGCGGACCCAUACUGCUGCACUGGCAACGACGCCAACGCGCACCAGCAGUACGUCAACAAGUACGGCUCGCAGGCGCUGGCUUUCAUCAAGAGCAAGCUCACUGCUUAG